AUGGCCAGCUGGGACAUCGGUACCCGGGCCUGGUUCCCUAACCAGGCCGAGGGCUUUAUCCCCGCCGAACUGGCUGAGAGAAAGGCAUUGAGUGAUGGCAAGGUUGCCCUGAUCUUCAACCUCUCCGAUGGCUCACAGCAGACGGUCGAAACCACCGAGACUGCCCUCGCCGAUACCCAUCAAAAUGCCUCCUUACCCCCUCUUAUGAACCCACCGAUGUUCGAGGCCGCCGAAGAUCUGACGAACCUGUCCCAUCUGAACGAGCCUGCCAUCCUACAGGCUAUCAAGCUACGAUACGCCCAGAAAGAAAUUUACACAUACAGUGGUAUUGUGCUGAUUGCGACGAAUCCCUUUGCACGCGUAGACUCGCUCUAUGUUCCUCAAAUGGUGCAGGUGUAUGCGGGCAAGCAGCGAGCAUCGCAGGCCCCCCAUCUGUUCGCCAUCGCCGAAGAGGCCUACACGGACAUGCUGAGAGAUUCACGGAACCAGACCGUCGUUGUGUCUGGCGAGUCUGGGGCCGGCAAAACUGUCAGUGCCAAAUACAUCAUGCGGUACUUUGCGACCCGAGGGGCGCCUGGACAGACUGGCAAGGGGAAAAAGGGAAGAGCCGAUGCCAUUAGUGAAACCGAAGAGCAGAUUCUGGCAACGAACCCGGUCAUGGAAGCCUUUGGCAACGCGAAAACGACGAGAAACGACAAUUCGUCCCGAUUUGGCAAAUACAUUGAAAUCAUGUUUGACAAAAACACAGACAUCAUUGGUGCCAAAAUAAGAACAUAUUUGCUUGAGCGUUCACGUCUCGUAUUUCAACCAUUGAAGGAGAGGAACUAUCACAUAUUCUACCAACUCGUGGCGGGAGCCACUGAUGAGGAGAGGCAAGAGCUAGGAUUGUUACCGGUGGAAGACUUCGACUUUCUCAACCAAGGGAAUGAACCUUCGAUCGACGGCGUGGAUGAUGCCGCCGAAUUUGCAGCGACGAGGAAAUCCCUGAGUACGAUCAAUGUCUCCGACAGCACCCAGAAAGAGAUCUUUCGGAUUCUUGCUGCACUUCUGCAUAUUGGCAACAUCAAAAUCACGGCUACUCGGUCGGAGUCUACCCUUUCAGCAACCGAGCCCGCCCUAGUUCAAGCUUGCAAGAUCUUGGGUAUUGAUGCGGGUGAUUUCGCCAAAUGGACUGUUAAGAAACAGCUCACCACUCGAGGGGAGAAGAUCACCUCCAACGUCACCCAACAACAAGCCACAGUUGUCCGAGACUCGGUGGCCAAAUUCAUUUACUCUAGCCUGUUCGACUGGCUCGUGGAAACCAUAAAUCACGGGUUAGCGACGCAAGAUGUUUUGCAGCGGGUUGAUACGUUUAUUGGCGUGCUAGAUAUUUACGGUUUCGAACAUUUUGCCAAAAACUCGUUUGAGCAGUUUUGUAUCAACUACGCCAAUGAAAAACUGCAGCAGGAAUUCAACCAGCAUGUCUUCAAACUGGAACAGGAAGAGUACAUGCGCGAACAAAUCGAUUGGACCUUCAUCGACUUCUCCGACAACCAACCCUGCAUUGACCUCAUCGAGGGCAAGAUGGGAGUCUUAACGCUGUUAGACGAGGAGUCGAGGCUGCCUAUGGGCAGUGAUGACGGGUUCGUCACUAAGUUGCAUCAGCACUUCGCCGCGGGUAAGCAGAAAUUCUAUAAGAAGCCCCGAUUUGGCAAAUCCGCAUUCACAGUGUGUCAUUACGCCCUUGAUGUCACCUACGAGUCCGAUGGUUUCAUCGACAAGAACCGCGAUACUGUACCAGAUGAGCAGAUGGAAGUGCUUAAGAAGUCUACAAAUCGAUUUCUGGUUGAAGUCUUGGACGUGGCCGCUGCGGUGAGAGACAAGGACACUGCUCAGACAAGUUCGAAGACUAUUACUCCUGCAGGCGGACGCCGAGUCGGUGUUGCUGUGAACCGCAAGCCCACUCUAGGCGGCAUAUUUAAGAGCUCUCUGAUUGAGCUAAUGGAUACUAUCAACUCUACCGACGCCCAUUACAUUCGCUGUAUCAAGCCCAACGAAGCCAAGGAGGCCUGGAAGUUUGAGGGCCCUAUGGUUUUGAGCCAGCUCAGAGCAUGCGGUGUUCUGGAAACCGUCCGUAUCAGCACUGCUGGUUAUCCGACGCGAUGGACGUACGAGGAAUUCGCGUUGAGAUAUUACAUGCUAUGCCAUUCUUCCGAGUGGACCACUGAGAUCCGGCAGAUGGCUCAAAACAUCCUGGUCAAAGCAUUGGGGCAAACAGCCCAUGAGAAAGCCGACAAAUACCAGCUAGGGCUCACCAAGAUCUUCUUCCGUGCCGGCAUGUUGGCAUUCCUGGAGAACCUGCGAUCUGCUCGCCUCAAGGAGUGCGCUAUCAUGAUUCAGAAGAACUUGCGAGCUAAAUACUACCGCCACAGAUAUCUCGACGCACGACAAUCUAUCAUCACCUUUCAAGCUGCAACUCGAGCUUUUCUCGCCAGACGGAAGGCCGAGGAGACGAGACAAAUCAAAGCAGCCACCGACAUUCAGCGAAUCUGGAGAGGACAGAGUGCCCGGAAAUACUACAACCAGACCAGGAGCGAUCUUAUCCUCUUUCAAUCGGUCACCAAGGGCUAUCUUUGCAGGAGAAACAUUCUCGAGACGCGUAUCGGAAACGCAGCAAUCACAAUCCAGAGAGCGUUCCGCUCAUGGCGAGCAUUGCGAGCAUGGAGACAACACCGAAGGAAGGUUGUCAUUGUGCAGAACUUGUGGCGUGGAAAGGUGGCCCGGCGUGACUAUAAAAAGACGCGUGAAGAAGCCCGGGAUCUCAGGCAAAUCUCAUAUAAACUUGAGAAUAAGGUGGUUGAGCUUACCCAAUCUCUUGGAGCGCUCAAGCGAGAGAACAAAACAUUGCUCUCACAAUUGGAGAACUACGAGGGUCAACUGAAAUCAUGGCGAUCCAGGCACAAUGCUCUGGAGGCACGAUCCCGAGAAUUGCAGACCGAAGCUAACCAAGCCGGUAUUGUCGCAGCACGUUUGAGUGCAUUGGAGGAGGAGCACGCCAAGCUACAAACCAGCCACGAUGAACACAUGGGCAACGCCAAAAGAUUGCAAGAGGAAGAGCGGAAACUCCGAGAGUCUCUGCAACUGUCGAAUACGGAGGUGGACAAAUUACGACAAUCCGUUGCUACCCAUGAGAGCGAGAGAGGCACGCUCCGACAACAGAUCAAUGAGCUGCAAGAUCAACUGGAGAUGGCCAGAAAGGCACCCCCUCCAGCAGCCACUAAUGGAGUCAAUGGGGAAUAUCCCAACGGCGGCGCUCAACUAGCAAAUGGUCUCAUCAACCUAGUCUCUUCCAAGAAACCCAUGAAAAGACGGAGUGCUGGAGCUGCGGAGCGAAGCGAAACCGAUAGGCUCAGUGGUGCUUUCAGUGCUCGCCCUGUUUCAAUGGCCCUCGACACACACCUCAAGACCCUGUCUGGUUCGACAUUCAACGCGGUUUCGGACGGCGUCGAAAUGGAACUCGAAAACCUCCUUUCUCAGGAGGAAGAACUCAACGACGAAGUCACCAUGGGCCUCAUUCGAGGUAUCAAGAUUCCGCAACCCGGAGCCAACCCUGCACCUACGGAGAAAGAAGUCUUGUUCCCAUCCUAUCUCAUCAAUUUGGUGACGUCGGAGAUGUGGAACAACGGGUUCGUCAAGGAGUCUGAAAGGUUCCUUGCCAACGUGAUGCAAUCGAUUCAACAAGAAGUCAUGCAGCAUGACGGAGACGAGGCCAUUAAUCCUGGUGCUUUCUGGCUGUCCAACGUCCAUGAAAUGCUGUCCUUUGUUUUCCUCGCAGAAGACUGGUAUGAGGCACAGAAGACGGACAACUACGAGUAUGACAGACUGCUCGAGAUCGUCAAGCAUGAUUUGGAAAGCCUUGAGUUCAACAUCUAUCAUACCUGGAUGAAAGUGCUGAAGAAGAAACUGCACAAGAUGAUCGUCCCGGCCAUCAUUGAAUCUCAGUCCCUACCAGGCUUCGUGACGAAUGAAAGCAGCCGGUUCCUUGGGAAACUACUCCCAUCGAACAACACCCCGGCUUACAGCAUGGACAACCUACUGAGCUUGUUGAACAAUGUCUUCAAAGCAAUGAAGGCUUACUACCUCGAGGACUCGAUCAUCACACAAACAAUCACCGAACUCCUCCGACUAGUGGGAGUGACGGCGUUUAACGACCUCCUCAUGCGGCGCAAUUUCUUGUCAUGGAAGCGAGGUCUCCAGAUCAACUACAACAUCACGCGAAUCGAGGAAUGGUGCAAGAGCCACGACAUGCCCGAGGGGACGCUGCAGCUGGAACAUCUCAUGCAAGCGACCAAGCUUCUGCAGCUCAAGAAAGCAACCCUGAACGAUAUUGAGAUCAUCCAGGACAUCUGCUGGAUGCUCUCGCCCAACCAGAUCCAGAAACUGCUCAAUCAAUACCUGGUGGCGGAUUACGAACAGCCCAUCAACGGAGAGAUCAUGAAAGCUGUGGCUUCCCGUGUGACCGAGAAGAGCGACGUUCUCCUUCUGGCGCCUGUCGACAUGGAAGACAGUGGACCCUAUGAAAUUGCUGAGCCGAGAGUCAUCACUGCGUUGGAAACAUACACUCCGUCAUGGCUCCAAACACCUCGCCUGAAGCGACUCGCAGAGAUUGUUUCCGCCCAGGCCAUGGCUCAGCAAGAGCGAGGAGACCUGACUGAUGGGGCCAUCAGUGACAGUGAGGCUGUGGCCUGA